AUGAGGAAGGUAUCGUAUAUGAAGCUUAAAGGUAGUCAAAACCUAAGGCAACGGUUACUUCUAUCACCUCUCGCUUCAACACCGAUUCUAAUCGAUGAUAUCCGUGCCGACGCCACCUGGCUUGGACUCCUUCCUCAUGAGGUCUUGUUUCUCCACCUUCUCGAGACAAUCUCCGAUGACUGUCAUGUCGAAAUCAACGAAACUGGAGUGAAGAAAGAAGAAAACCCCAAAUCGGUGAAGGUGCUCCAUAUACUUCUUUCUUCGCUCCUGGAGAAAAAAAAACCCGACAAAAGGGGGUGUUUGGGUUGCUUGGUGUGUCAUAAAACAGUGGGAGAAAACGUAGGGGGCUGUUGCCCUUGGCUAGCCGGAAACCACCAACAAACACCUCUAGUGGGGGUGUUUUUGUUGCACCUCAAAGACAGGAGAAAAAGAAGCGAGUGUGAGAGGAAAUGGAAGAAUGAAAAAUUGUAUUUAUCUGUGAAUAGCAGUGCAUUCAUGUGUGAAUAA